CUGAUCUUUGGGAGGAGGAAUUAUGGAUUCCAAAGCUCUCUUCUUCUUUGCUCUGGUAUGCUUCUGUGCUGUGGCUCUCAGGCCUGUUUUUGCAGAGAAUGAAGAGGACCCCGGCCUUGUAAUGACUUUCUACAAGGACUCCUGUCCUCAAGCCGAAGACAUUAUCAAAGAACAAGUUAAACUCCUGUACAAGCGCCACAAGAACACUGCAUUCUCAUGGCUCAGGAACAUCUUCCAUGACUGUGCUGUCCAGUCAUGCGAUGCUUCACUUCUACUGGAUUCUACAAGGAGAGACUUGUCGGAGAAGGAGACAGAUAGGAGCUUUGGGCUUAGGAACUUCAGAUACCUUGACACCAUCAAGGAAGCUGUGGAAAGGGAGUGCCCUGGUGUGGUUUCCUGCGCAGAUAUCCUUGUCUUGUCUGCAAGAGAUGGCAUUGUUGCGCUUGGGGGCCCUUACAUCCCUCUCAAGACAGGGAGAAGAGAUGGUAGGAGGAGCCGUGCAGAUGUGAUAGAGCAGUUCCUCCCUGACCACAAUGAGAGCAUCUCUGUGGUUCUUGACAGGUUUGCAGCCAUGGGAAUCGACACCCCUGGAGUAGUUGCCUUGCUGGGAGCCCACAGUGUUGGUCGAACCCAUUGUGUGAAGCUGGUUCACCGUUUGUACCCGGAGGUAGACCCUGCACUGAACCCGGAUCACGUCGAGCACAUGUUCAAAAAAUGUCCAGACCCAAUCCCCGAUCCAAAGGCCGUGCAGUACGUGAGGAACGACCGAGGCACACCCAUGAAGCUGGACAACAACUACUACAGGAACAUAAUGGACAACAAGGGCUUACUCAUAGUAGACCACCAGCUAGCCAAUGACAAGAGGACUAAGCCCUAUGUGAAGAAGAUGGCCAAGAGCCAGGACUACUUCUUCAAGGAGUUUGCAAGGGCCAUCACCAUUCUCUCUGAGAACAACCCUCUCACUGGUACAAAGGGCGAGAUCAGAAAGCAGUGCAAUGUAGCCAACAAGCACCACUGAGAUUUUACUUGCCGCAGUAGAGUGAAAUACCUCCACCUUUCUCGUUAGCUUCUGUGAGAGAUGAGAUGAAAGAAUGAAGAGUUGGUAGAAUAACUAAUAAAAUGGUCUUAGUGGAGCUUUACUUUUCUUCAUGCAAGUGAGUGGCAUCUGUCUCGGCAUCAUGAUGAUGAUGGGGUGGUGACCACACGCACCGUCUUUAGUUUUGUAGGAUUCUCCCUUUUUUGUUUUUGGUGGUGUAGACGUGUAGUCGAUGUAGUGAUGGGUGCUGGGGAAUGAAGGAAUGAUGUAUGUAUGGGUGGUGGGGAUGGUGUAUGAUGAAUGGAUUGAGAAUUAUAUUAUGGUGGUUUGU